AUGAGCUCAGAUAAUAGCCAUUUCACCGGCCACCCUCAUUUCCUCGCUUAUCCUUAUUUUGAGGCUUUGAAUGCUUUCCAUUGGUUUCUUCACAUCGACACUCUUGCUCUCAUGUCACACAAGGUCAAAAAUCGUACGGAAUGUCAGAAGCUGUCCGGAUACGUCUACUACACGAUGCAUACGUUGCGCCAUCUCGGAGCAGCUCAAUCAGCGAUGAGUGCGCAUGUCACAUAA